AUGUCUCUCCCGAAAAACUUCCAGUCGAUGAAGGUGAUUUAUUAAUGUUGAAUUUUCUCGAGUUGGAGUUUCUAACCAUGAAAAAAAAAUUCAGAUUUCCGAAAAAAGACCAAAAAACGGAAUGAGACCCCUGCCGUCCAAACGACCCGGCGGAAAAGCUGGAAAAUUGAAAAAAGUGGUGACAAACGUCAGGAUAUUAAGUUCAAAUCAUUUUCAUCGAACACUAGAAAAAAAAGAUUUACUUCAGAAAUCAAAAACUCUGUUCCGAUUUUUAAAUAUGAUGUUUCGACGGAGAUGAAAUACGCCUUGCAAAAUGGUGAGCUGAGCAAUCCGAAAAGCUUGACAAAAGGCUCUAUGACGAAAGAGUAAGUUGACUAGAAGGUUUCAUUUGCGAGUACAAUCUCACCAAAAACAAUUUUCUCCUCCUAAAACUCAGGCACUAGUGGCGCGUGGGGGAAUUUCUCUUCUUUUUCGCCUUUUUGUUCUUAUAGUCUGUUCAGAUUUUGAAUGUCAAGCAGCUAACUCCACCCCCAAGGCUACAAUAUUUUUCGCGUCAAUGUUUUAUCUACAUAUGCCAAUGGCCCUUUAAUAAGGCUGCUUUUUUGACCUCUUUUUCUAUCUUUUAGAUCGAAAAAGAUCAAAAUUAGUCCCGCGCGAUGAAACAUCGACGCGAAAAGGUACCGUCUCAGCAGGGGCGGAGUUAGCUGGUUGACAUUCAAAAUCUGAACAGACUAUAUAAGCGAAUUAGUUCCACCUCUUACACUUUGUUGCAUCUUUUUUCAUAAUGAUGCUCAAGUUUAAAGGCAUAGGGGCAGUAAAAAACGGUGUUUCAGUUUAAGGCAGUAUUUUGUAGAGCUUCUCAUUGUUCAACGCAAAAUAGUCAACCCAUUUUUCAUUUGAAUAUGGUUUUUUUUUUCAGAAGCACAAAUAACGUUUAAUUUUCAGUUCAAACUUUUAACUAUUGGAAAUACCAAAUCAUUUCGAGUAUUUCGACCAAUUUUAAACUAAAAAUGGGUCUUCUUCAGUUCCUCUGUCCAAAGAAGAAAGCAACUGGCCCUUGCUGCGAUGGAGUCUGCCAGGCGGAAUCACAGCAAUGUUUUCAGUCAGGGAAACGCUUUUUAUGACGGACAAGCCUCGUUAUAUACUGAUUUCAAAAUACCAGGGACAGAGGGCGAGGUUCGCAUAAUUUUUCCCAGUUCAUUCAAAGGAAAGUUAUAGGGACUAAGUCUCUCAAUUCCACCAGAAGACAUAACCAACACGAACCCUGCCGAAAUCCGAAUGGUGAUAAAAAAAACUGCUGAAACGUUUCAGGUAAGAAGCUUUACAGACGAUAUAUUAAUCGAAUUGAAAAAAAUCGUCAAAAUUUUGUUUUCCGCCAUGCUAUCUUGAGUGCCUGAGUUUAGGCUUCGACGUCUGACCUGGGGAAAGCUUUGAAUGUUUGUCCUGCCUUAUCGGACUUUACUACGAUCGAAGCGCUGAAUGUUGCUGUGAGCAACUAUGCGACAAGCAAGUCUGUUUGAGACUUUUUUUACUCGAAUCAAGUUGCUCGGUUGAGGGACGACGUCAUCACCUACGAUGGUUCUAUACACUAUCUAUAUCAACCAAAAAAUGCAGGACUAAGGUUGAGAACCUCUGUCGAGACGUAAAAAUUGAUAAAACUUUAGCGAAAAAGAUGCGCCGGCUCUGAGCGAAGACAAGCAGAUGGCUGUCGGAAUGGCUGGAAUUGUUGGCGUGUACGAAGGAACUGACAAACCCAUGGUCGCAGUUGUUGUCGAACGUUGGUAAAGUUUCCAAAUGGACACGAAAAUUUCGAACGCAUCAACCGCUGAACCACAAGAUCAAAUAAAAAAAAAACGGUGAGCUUUAGUGAAAAAAUCGGCUUUCCACAGCGACCAUCAACCGCUCUACGAAAAAUUGAAAUCGACAGCAAAGGAAUACAAAAGGAAUGUUCCAAACAAAUUUGAGCCGAAUGAUCCUCUUGCGCGUUUGGUCGAGAAUCUGUUCAAAGGUGAGCUCGAAUCGAUCGCGCGGAAAAAAAAUAGGCAACUUGAGGCCUUGAGCUCCAGAAGACUUAUGGGCGCAACGCCGGGACUCCUGACGCUAAGUCAAUCGUUUUUGGCGGAUUUGGGCAAAGUGCAGCUUCAGCCACGUGAGAUUGUUUGUCCAAGGGAUUUAUUCCGAUUCACUAUAGAUUCGAGCAUGAAGGACGACCUAUUACUGUUCAACAGUAUUUUCAAUCCGUACUGGGUAUCAAACUUCAGUGCGUCAUCUCCAAAACUAAUUGGAAAAAAGUAAUAGUUCAGGACUCCUCAUAUUCCGACAGUUUACGACUCGCGAGAUCGACGCUGCUUAUUACCGCUGGAACUGCUUAUCGUUUCGGAGAACCAGCGCGUCAAAACGGAGCAACAGACAAAAGAACAGCAAAAAAAGAGCAUAAAGGUUUCUCUCAAACGUGUCCUUUCCAGACCUGCUUUUAAGGCUACUGCGAUUUUGCCCGAGCAACGACUGAAACAGACGGAAAAAAUUGCAAAUUACUUGAAAUUCAGCAGUCAAAAUGAAGAUCUCAAAUCUCUUGGUAUUGAAGUCGAGGAUGAUUUUUUGAAGGUAUAUCUUUCUAUUUUUGUCACUUUUCAAAAUCUAAAUCGCCGAGUUUCGCAGGUUCCUGCACGAAUUCUUGAAGGGCCCAACAUCAAAGAUGGUAAAGGGGUCGGUCCACUCAAAGAUAAUGCAAGGGAUGGUUGAAAAACUGAGUUUUUAAUCAACUUUUGCAGUGCAAAUGGGAUUUGAAAUGUCUCAUCGCUCCGGCCAGGAUAGUCAAGUGGACCGUGAUCGUCAUCAUGUCACCAAACUUGAAUUAUCAGUGAAUACAGAAACUUGAAAUAAUUAAACUUGAUGGUUAUUUCAGAGAGUACAUUUUGCGACUGAGCCGAAAGGCUUCUCAGAUGGGCUUGAGGCUUCCUAACCCAGUUUUCAAAGUCUUAAUGAGAUACGAAAACGAUAUUGAAGUAAGUCGGUUUUUCUUUCGUUAAUUUAGAAUCGGUUCCAACUUGGACUCGAAACGAUCAAAGACGUCUUCAUUGAAAUCAACUUGCUAGACCUAUGGUCAGGAAAAUUGACUCAUUUUAGCUUGGAAAAGGCUGAUUUCUUUUAUUAUACAAGUUUCGUAGGAAAUUGACUUGGAGCCAGAGCUCUUCUGCAAUCAGUUGGCAUUCAUGGAAAAUUCCACUUGUUAAACUCAAUGAGUUUUUCAGGUGCUGAUAAGAAACGAGAAAAACAACGGAACGGAAUUUGUACUGUUCAUUGCUCGUGACGAUUUGAACUUGCAUCCGUGGAUCAAAUAUUUUGAACUUAAACACGACAUUGCAACCCAGGAAAUCAAAUGCGGAAGAGCCGCGCAAACGAUUGAACGAAAUGAUUCAAUCACGUUACAAAACGUGAUCCUCAAGGCGAGGAAAAAAAUCUAGCUCACCUACGAAAUUGUUUAAGCUGAACCUCAAAAAUGGCGGGUUGAACUACGAACUGACACCCAAGAAUCCGACGUCAAAGAUUUUUGCGACCGACCAGUCGCGGCUUUUCGUCGGCAUUGAGAUGAGCCACGGCGUGCGGGGCAAGGUAUGACGUGGCUAGCUUGCAAUUAUGAUCAUCUGAAAGUUGCAAGUGAAAAGAUACACCUGUUAGGUUUGAAAAUUGAUCAGAAAAAGGCCAUUACCAAAAUUUUAUGAGUCUAUUUUUAAAAAAAACCCCCCUAAAUCCUAGGGGUUCUCCGUCCUUGGUUGGUCCGCAAACAUCAAACAGAAUCCGAGCGAGUACUUGGGUGGCCACUACUACGUGAAGAAUACCCAAGAAGAAGUUAAUCGAAACAGUCGUUCCCUAACAAAUGUUUCCGUCUUAGAACACGUUGCUACCGACGAUCCGUCGAGUCAUUGAACGUUGCCUGGAGACGUGCGCAAAGUUGCAAAGAAAAAUCGGUCAUGUCUUCGUCUACCUCAACGGCGUCUCAGAAGGACAAUACGCUGAUGUGGGCUUUUUCAUUAGUCAUGGCCUACAUUUCAGAAUAACUGACACGAUUGGAAAUCUUAGGUAAACGUGGAUUACGUGGAGGCGAUACGUAGUGGCUUCGGAGGACUGCAUUUGAAAGUCACAGUGGUAGCCGUUUCGAGUAUCCACAACGUGCGCCUAUAUCAAGAGGUCCUUUUUUUUCAUUAUUCUGAAGUAUUCGAAGCGGUUUGAAUCACAUUGUUUUCCAAAAAAGGCAACACAUUUCAGUAUCAAAGAGAAAACCUAAAAAUAAGAACUUUUGAUUGGACUAUACAAGAUCCACUUCAAACUUUAAACCAUGAUAAACGGAGAAUCCCAAGGAAGACAGUCUUAAGAUGAAGUGUGUUUACAGGAGUUCAAAGGGAAGAACGCCUCUGAAACAAACAUCUGGCCAGGCUCAGUUGUCGACAGCUGCAUCGUGAGCCCUGUGAUCAACGAGUUCUUUCUCCAAUCGCACUUGGCUUUUCAAGUCUGUUUCUCGAAAAAGACUUUCCAACCGAAUAAAUCAGGGAACGGCCAACACUCCUAAGUACGCGCUCGUCAAUGACGACAGCGGCAUUCCGAUGGACAUUCUGGAGGUUCGCAACAGUCUUCUUCUGAAAUGAAUAUGAAUUCCAGAUAAUCACACAUCAACUGACUUUCCUGCAUCAAAUCGGGUGUUCGGCUAUUUCCGUGCCGGUGCCGCUCUACAUGGCGGGCGAAUGCGCCACUCGCGGCGCCGACCUUCUGGCCACUGCUAGGUAAAAUCUGUCGAAAAGUCCUUAAUCAUUCAUGAAAUGAAUUAUCGGACUUACUUUGAAGACUGACGGGAUAAUAUCGUCGAAUUAAAACGGUUUUUUUUUUAUAUUCGGAGUCAUUAAAUUUAGAUGAAACCGUGGGAUACAUAUGAAGUUUUCAAUUUGCGAUUUUACAGAACAAACAAUGAAGAUUAUGUGGAAGACAUCGAGCUGCUCAACACAAACUUGGUUUAUGACGGCAAAAAAAUCGCCUCUGUUCGCAUCAAUGCUUGA